AUGGUUCAGAACGGUGCCUCUCUACACAACAUCGAUAGAACCAAAGCAAUGUUCAACCAAGUUAUGAUUCAUCGCAUGGCUGAGAUGAUUGCGCCCUAUGUCGACACUCCCCAGAAACUGGACCAUGGGAUAGCUGCUGUUAUAUCUGCAGCAAAACGCCUACACGGACCAGCUCCUAAGCCGCAGGACGAAGAUCCCGGCUCCGAAGCGGCUGAAGGUGCCUUCGAAGAUGAUAUAGAACAUUCUGUCACACGGGAAGACUCCCCUCAGGAAGAGGCCUCGGCGCCCACGAGAUCUUUCAAGAAGAAGCUAGACCGCAAAUCGAGCAAGAAACAGUGUGCUCAAACGCCGGGUGCAGCUGCCGACAUACCUACAGCCAGAGUCCGAGAACAACGGCUUGUCGAAGUUCCCGGCGGCACCGCAGAGGAUUACGAAGGCCACAACAAGAUAGACAAAAAGGUCUCAAAAUCAUGGCGUUGGGACGUUGAGCAAGAAACUGUAUCUAAUGCAGACACCUCGAACCUAUUCAGAACGACGGGUGACUUGUUCGCAUACCACGCACUACCAAUCGUCCGCCGAGAAUCUGGGCCUUCUACGAAGAGGAGAUUUCUUAGGAUGAAAAUCGAGGCCAUGCUAUCCGAUAUGACACCCGCAGAAUAUCACCUAUGGCUAAGUAGUCGGGACAAGCUAUGGGCUGGAGAUUUAACGAUGCUGCAACGGUUCGUUCCAGGGGAAAGUUCCACCACAAGAGGUUUCGCACGUGCCACUCCGGCGCCAUGCACCCAUGGACGCCUCCGAGAGGAACGUCAAGAUGCAGAACCUCAGGAAACUCUGCGAGAAGCUAGUUCAAGCAAUUCGGCCGUGAUGACCAAAACUGGUCAUCCACCACAGAUCAAGAAAGAAGUUGCAGGGGACAGCAGUGAAAUGACACGCGACACCUUACAUGGAUCACGUGAGGAACCUGGGACAUCACCUCACAUAUGCCCUGCCAUCAGUGAUCCUGCCGCUGAAGAGCCUCGAUUGGUACGUCCCAGCUCUGGUAGCACUGUGCUCAAACAACCGCUAACGACACUUAGGCAUCUGAACAGUGCCUCAAGACGCCUUUGA